AAGAUAAGACACUUCCGUUUCUAGAUUCACAUCUAGACCCUCUGGCCUCUAAUCUAGCUAAUGCCUUUGGCCUUGGCUAGGUAGAUUAGUUAGACAAUAGACUGUCCCUAAGUUAGAGAUUAUUAAUAGAAUAAUAGGUCUAGAUGAUAUAGACCUCGAGACUCUAAAUUAAAAAAAAUGACUUCUUCGUCAGUGUGCAAACGUUUUCUUAACUUUAAAAGAAUUAUGAAUCAGAAAUAUUUGACAGAAUGCUCUUCUUCAUUCAAGUUUUAUAAUGUAGUCAAGGUCAAUUGUCGACUGUGCAAUACUUCACCAUGCCAAAAUGUUUUUGAGGAUAAAAUUUCAAAGACUAAUGAAAAAUCAUCAAACUUAUUUAGAAAUAUUCAGGAGGGACCUUCAUUAUCAGAUUUCAUUUCAAAGCCAGCUAGUGGACUGAAGUCACAUAAUUAUGACAGUACUGAAGAUGUUUCUUACCUGGAACCCCAUCUAUUUCAUGGAAAUAAUAGACAGGUUUUUAUUGAAACAUAUGGCUGCCAGAUGAAUGUCAAUGAUACAGAGAUCAUUUGGUCAAUAUUACUCAAAAAUGGUUUUCACAAAGCCUUAAGUAUAGCAGAGGCUGAUGUGGUUUUACUUGUCACCUGUUCAAUAAGAGAAGGUGCAGAAGAGAAAAUUUGGUCAAAACUUCAUACUCUGAAAGGCCUCAAAAGAAAAAGGGGUAAAAGGAAUCCUCUGAAAUUGGGAAUUCUAGGAUGCAUGGCAGAGAGAUUAAAAACUAAAAUACUGGAAAAGGAGAAAAUGGUCGAUAUUAUAUGUGGACCAGAUGCUUAUCGAGAUCUACCUCGUUUGCUGUCAAAUACUUCUGCUACAGAUGAAGCCAGUGUAAAUGUUCAGCUGUCAAUGGAAGAAACAUAUGCCGAUGUUAUUCCUGUUCGGUUAAACCCAGGAAGUGUAUCAGCCUUUGUUUCUAUCAUGAGAGGUUGUGACAAUAUGUGCACCUACUGUAUAGUUCCCUUCACUCGAGGUCGUGAGAGAAGUCGUCCCAUUACUUCUAUCUUGGAAGAGAUCCACACUCUUGCAGAUCAGGGUGUGAAAGAUGUGACACUACUGGGCCAAAAUGUGAACAGCUACAGGGACAUAACAUCUGGACAUUCAGAAGAUGUAACCCAGUUAAGUACAGGUUUUUCUACUGUGUAUAAACCCAAAAUGGGUGGCCAAAGAUUUGCUGCAUUGUUAAAAGCUGUUGCACAAAUAAACCCAGAAAUGAGGAUACGAUUUACAUCUCCACACCCAAAAGACUUUCCAGAUGAGGUAUUAGAAACCAUUUUGAACUACCCCAACAUUUGUAAACAAAUUCACCUUCCUGCACAAAGUGGUAACUCACAAGUUCUCUCUGCAAUGGGAAGAGGCUACACCAGAGAAGCAUACCUGAAACUGGUGGAAAAUGUUAGAAAAAUAUUGCCAGAUGUGGGCUUGUCAAGUGAUUUUAUUGCUGGAUUUUGUGGUGAGACAGAAGAAGCCCACCAAGACACUUUGUCUCUGAUGGAUAUAGUCAAAUAUAAUUAUGCCUUCUGUUUCCCUUAUAGUAUGAGAGAGAAAACAAGGGCAUAUCACCGUUUGGAAGACAAUGUUCCAUCAGAUGUUAAAUCUAGAAGACAUAUUGAGCUGUAUGACAGACAUUUGCUACAUGCUAGGGAACUUCAUGAAUCUCAGGUUGGACAAAAACAACUGGUACUUAUUGAAGGGGAAAGUAAAAGAUCUUCAGAAGAUUUAGUUGGCAGGAAUGAAGUGAACACAAAAGUUGUCUUUCCUAAAACACCAGAAUCUUUAUUUCAGCCUGGAGACUAUGUUGUUGUAGAAAUAUCUUCUGGGACUUCAUUUAGUUUAAAAGGUCAAGUUCUGUAUAAAACAACUCUAACAGACUUCAGCAAACAGCAAAACACUUCUUUGAAUAGAGAGACUGCAGAAAGAGAGAAAAAUAGUUGUUAAAAAUAAAUUAAUUAUCAGCUAUAAAAGUGUAUAUUAUUUAUAUAAGUUUUCAUGCUAUUUUUGUUCUGAGACUAAAAAGAAAUAUAGAAGAAAUAGAAAAAGAA